GAAACAAAAGCUGUAUUUGAAGAAUGAAAAUGAAAAUUUUGACUUUAUUAAUUUGUUAAGAGAAAGUCAAUUUUCAUUAUUCUAUAAAUUUAGGUUUAGUUCUCAUUGCAAUUAUUAUAUCCAAUAUCCAACAAUCAUAAUAUAAUGGCGCCAAUAUCAUUGUUGGUUGUACUACUAAUGUCAUGUAGUUUUAAUCAUCAUCAACUGCAAUUAGUUCUGGCAAAUAAUCCUUUUGAUCAAGAUUUUAGUUACAUGAAAUCAGUACACAAUAUUAAUGGCGAAGAAGAAAUUGGAUCAUCAAACUAUAAUAAUAAUUAUUAUGACUAUAUUAUUAUUGGAGGAGGCACAGCAGGUUGCCCUUUAGCAGCAACUUUAUCCGAAAACUACUCUGUUCUUGUCCUUGAAAGAGGCAAUGCUCCACAAUCACACCCAACUGUCUUCACAUUAGCUGGGUUCUUCUCUGAUCUCCAAAAACAAGACGACGGAACGACACCGUUUCAGAGUUUCACCUCCAAAGACGGAGUUGGAAACCGAAGAGGAAGAGUUCUAGGCGGGUCGAGCAUGAUUAACGGCGGUUUCUACUCGAGAGCGGAUGAUGAAUUCUUUGCGAAAUCGGGCGUGGAAUGGGAGAUGGAUUUGGUGGAGAAGGCGUAUGAAUGGGUUGAAGAGAGUGUGGUUUCAACUCAUCCAAGAUUGGAUGUGUGGCAAUCUUCUAUGAGAGAAGCUCUUUUGGAAGCUGGUGUUGGUCCUGAUAAUGGGUUUAGUUUGAAUCACAAAGUUGGUACCAAAACUUCUGGCUCUCUUUUUGAUCAAUUUGGGACAAGGCAUGGAGCUGUUCAGCUUCUCAAUCGAGCAAAUUUGGAUAACUUACGAGUGGUUGUGCAGGCCACUGUAGACAGAAUCAUCUUUGAUUCCACCACUACCAAACCCUACUCAUCAUCAAAACCCUCAGCAAUUGGAGUGAAAUAUAGUGAUUCAAAAGGAAAAUCUCACAAAGCAUUUCUACGGCGAAAAGGUGAAAUCAUAUUGAGUGCUGGUGCCAUUGGAAGCCCUCAACUAUUACUACUUAGCGGAAUCGGUCCACAAUCCCAACACCCAAAUGUUGGAAAAUUCAUGGCUGAUAAUCCUAUGAACAUCAUCAACAUCCUACUCCCAAAUUCUUCUAUGGAGCCUUCCAUAACAAAAGUUGUAGGAAUUAAUGACAACUAUUUCAUAGAGCCUGUCAUCUUUCAACCACAACUAAAUAUGACUUCAGGUAGCCUUGCUGAAAAAAUACCAGGACCCUUGUCAAUUGGCUCUUUGUGGUUGGCCAAUUCGACCGAUGUGAAAGUCACACCAAAUGUUCGAUUCAACUACUUUGAUAAUCCAAUUGACCUCUCGCGUUGCGUUAUGGGAAUGAGAAAAAUUGGUGAAAUGUUGGAAACUGAGGCAAUGAAUCAAUUUAAACACAAUGGAGAGUUAUUGUUCUCUGGACCAUCUUUACCUAAUAAUAAUAGUAAUAAUUGGGAAUGGGAAUCGUUUUGUCGAACAACUGUGGGUACGUUUUAUCAUUAUCAUGGUGGAUGCGUUGUGGGGAAGGUGGUCGAUGGUGAUUUCAAUGUGAUGGGAAUUAAGUCAGUUCGAGUUGUGGAUGGCUCGACUUUUAAUAUCUCUCCUGGUACAAAUCCUCAGGCCACUCUUAUGAUGUUAGGCCGGUACAUUGGGCUUAAGAUGUUGGGAGAAAGGUCAAGAGAAUGAUGAGCUAGCUAGCUAGAGAUCGAUGCAUACAAAUAUAUAUCUUUGUAUGGGCACUUCAUUAUUGUAGAAGCUUCUUCUACUUACUAUUAUAUGUAAGUAUAUGCUAAUGUAUACAGCAAUAUUAUUUGUAAAAUAAAAUAAAAGUUAUUUCUUAUAAGGAAAAUAAAAUGUACAAUAUGUAAAGAGAUGGUUAUUAAUUUGCAAAUCAAUAGUGUAUGUUUUUUCUUAAG